ACUGAUAAGGAGCGGAGGCAAAAAAAAAAAAAGGUUAGGAAAAAUGCUGACAUUUCUGGGAACAAUCUCCGAGUUUGCGACCUACCACUUUUCUCGUAGGGCUAUUCUGCCCAAACUUCUCGAGACUUUGGCAAGAGCCGUUCAUCGACUCGUCUAUAAUGCCUCACCAAGUCUCUCCUCCCUUAAAGCCCUCCAUGGUUGUACCUGUCAAGCUCGCCGAUGGCGAAGCGCCUGCGCCCUCCACAGCCGAGGUUUCCUCAUUGCUCAACACAAUCUUCACAGCGCCGUCUUCCGCCGCCUCGAUCGACGCUUCAUAUGGCUUGUGCGAAAUCCUCAUCAACUCGGUUGGCUACCGCGGUCUUCAGCAGUAUGGCGUUCUAGCCGAGAUUAAGAAAGCAGCCGCCGACAAGAAGAGCGGCCUUCGAAGAGAGAGCGCCCAGAACCUCCUUGGCGCACUGCUCGAACGGUUCCCCGCUCGGCAACCCAUCAGCGAAGUCGUACUCCUAAUCCAAGAUGGCGGCAUGGUUGCCUGUGCUCUGGAUGCCUUGGCCGACAAGGGUUCGGUGGUUCGCGAUGCUGCCCAGUACGGACUCGAUUCCAUCUUUGCGCUCUUGAGCCCCGAGGCCCUGGUGGUCGGUCUCUUGCCGGCCUUGAUCAGCUACCUGUCCAAGAGGACUGGUAAAUGGCAAGGAACGGUCGGCGCCUACAAGUUGAUGCAGAAGAUGGCCGACAAGGCCCAGAUCGCUGUGGGAUCAACGAAGGAAGAGGCGGAAGAAAAGGAUAUCCUCAGGGAGGCAAUGGGCACCAAGCUGGCCCGUCUUAUCCCCCUUGUCGAAGACGGCAUGCACGACUUGAAAACCGAGGUUGAGAAGCAGGCUGUGAAGACCAUGACCUCGCUCACAACCCUGCUCUCAAAUGACGAUGUUGCUCCUCGGAUUCCCCUCCUGAUCGAUACGAUGCAACGCCCGUCGUCCGAGACACUCCAGAAGGCCAUCCAUGCGCUCUCCCAGACCACCUUCGUUGCUGUUGUUACCUCGCCCGUCUUGGCUCUCCUGACGCCCUUCCUCGAGCGGUCCUUGAACAGCCCCACGACAACCCAGGAAGUACUUCGGCAGACCGUGGUCAUUACCGAAAACCUCACCAAACUCGUGCACGACCCUAUUGAAGCUCGUACUUUCUUGCCCAAGCUCCAACCCGGUGUCAAGAGCGUCGUCAACCGAGCAUCUCUCCCCGAGGUUCGAGAACUCGCAACCCGGGCACUGAAUGUCAUGGACAAGGCCAUAGGCGAUGAGAAGACGGCAGUCAUUGAGCGCACAACCGCAGACGAUAUUGCCAAGGUCCUCGAUUCGGAGAUCAAGAAGCACAAGGGACUGGCGAACGAUCUGGAGACGUACAAGUUGCUCCGUCCCUAUGUCUGCGAGAUGGUUGCGGAGGACGUCAACCACCGACAACUCACCCGAAUCUCGGCGAGGAUUGCGCCGUACAUCAAGUCCUUGAUGCAGGAUCCUACCGCCAACGAGGCUGUUGCGGAUGCCGUUCAGAAAUACUAUGUCGAGGAGGACCACCGCAAGUAUGGCCAGCCCGAGAAGGAGGACGAUGGCGAAAUCGAGAUCGUCAAUGCCGACUUCUCCCUCGCGUACGGCGGCAUGCUCUUGCUGUCCCACACAAAUCUCCGGCUCCUGAAGGGCCACAGGUAUGGCUUGUGUGGUCGGAACGGAGCAGGAAAGUCUACCCUCAUGAGGAGCAUCGCCGGCGGGAAACUUGAGGGCUUCCCGUCGCAAGAUGUCUUGAGAACCUGCUAUGUAGAGCACAACCAAGGCGAAGACGCCGACAUCAGCAUCUUGGAGUUCGUCUCCAAGGACCCAGUCAUUGCCAAGGAAGGCCAGGAACGCAUCUCAUCGGUCUUGGCAGAAUUCGGCUUCACGACCGGACCCGAAGGCCGACAGUCGCAGAAAGUCGGCUCCCUGUCCGGCGGCUGGAAGAUGAAGCUGGCCUUGGCCCGUGCUAUGCUGCAGAAGGCAGAUGUUCUCCUCCUUGACGAGCCGACGAAUCAUCUGGAUGUGGAAAACGUCAAGUGGCUAGAGCAAUAUCUCAAGUCACAUACCGAAAUCACCAGCCUGAUCGUAUCCCACGACUCGGGAUUCCUCGACGAGGUCACGACAGACAUCUACCACUACGAACCGGGCAAGAAACUUGCCCAUUUCAGGGGCAAUCUCGCCACCUUCGUCAAGCUCCGACCUGAGGCGAAGAGCUACUACACCCUGUCUGCGAGCAACGUGCAGUUCAAGUUCCCCCCUCCGGGCAUCCUCACGGGCGUCAAGUCGACGACGCGGGCCAUCAUUCGCAUGUCGAAUGUCUCGUACAGUUAUCCCAAGGCUCCAAAACCCUCUCUGGUCGACGUCUCCUGCCAGCUGUCACUCUCUUCCAGGGUGGCCAUCAUUGGGCCCAACGGUGCUGGCAAGUCGACCCUCAUCAAGCUCCUGACCGGCGAAGUGAUCCCCACGACCGGCAGGGUUGAGAAGCAUCCCAACCUGCGUAUCGGCUACAUCAAGCAACACGCCCUCGAACACGUUGAAAUGCACUUGGAGAAGACGCCGAACCAGUAUCUCCAGUGGCGAUACGCCAAUGGUGACGACCGAGAGGUCCACAUGAAACAGACUCGUGUGCUGUCGGAUAAGGACCGGGAGCAGAUGGACAAGUUCAUCGACCUGGGUGACGGCAAGGGCCAGCGCCAGAUCGAUUACCUGGUCGGUCGGCAAAAGUGGAAGAAGACCUUCCAAUACGAGGUGAAAUUCCGUCACAUGCUCCCGAAGCACAACGCGCAGAUCUCUCGCGAGACGUUGCUUGAACUCGGGUUCGACAAGCUCGUUCAGGAGUUUGACGACCACGAGGCAUCCCGGGAGGGUCUGGGCUACCGCGACCUCCAGCCGUCGGUGAUCAGCCAGCACUUUGACGACCUGGGCCUCGACCCGGAGCUCGCCAACCACAACGAGAUCGGCUCGCUGUCGGGCGGACAGAAGGUGAAGGUGGUGAUCGCGGGCGCCAUGUGGAACAACCCGCAUCUGCUGGUGCUGGACGAGCCGACCAACUUCUUGGAUCGCGACAGCCUGGGCGGGUUGGCGGUGGCGAUCCGCGAGUUCCGGGGCGGCGUGGUCAUGAUCUCUCACAACGACGAGUUCGUCGGGGCGCUGGCGUCGGAGCAGUGGCACGUCGACGACGGGCGGGUGGCGCACCGCGGGCACGCGGCCGCCAGCAUGGACCGGUUCGAGGACAGCAGGCCGGCCAGCGCGGUGGCGAGCGGGUUCAACAGCCCCGCCGAGAGCAGCGUCGUCAGCAGCGCAGUCAACAGCGGGACCGAGGACAACGCCGGCGGUGUCACGGGGGAGAGCAUGAAGUUCAGGGCUAGGAAGAAGAAGAAGAUGACGAAGAAGGAUCUCAAGGAUAGAGAGGUGCGGCGCCGGCUGCGGCACAUCGAGUGGCUGAACAGCCCCAAGGGUACUCCCAAGUACCCUGAUACCGAUGAUGAGGAGUGAGUUGGGCACUUUUUAUGUGUUUUGUGGUCGGGGGAGCCUAGGGAAGACAUGUAGGGAGGAGGGACAGGGCCCCUUAUUGUUGGGCACUUGGAUCAUUAUGAUUUUCACUUGUGUGCAUCUGUGUUGGAAGCCAUCAUAGACUAUUACUAGACGACAACGACGACGCAUACGCAGGGGAUGCGGACGGGCAGGAGGGUGGUGAUUUUGCUACCUAAAUAUUGGUUUAUCGGUAUUAGAUAGAGGCGUUGGGAAAUAGAAAAAGGGCUUCUUGAUAUUCUGCCGGUGUCCGUGGAGCAAACCCGACGGACUCACACCAGUUUGACGACACUCACUACUACACCCAUGCAUAC